AUGGCGUACGGAGCGAAGCAAGCCGAGGAGCAGCUCUGUACAGGUGUCUGCUGUUCAGCGACAGAUGCACCUCCGAACCCUUUCCUGGGGCCGGAGCUAAGCACUGGAUUUCCCUCUUCGACAGAGGCGCCGUUUCAGCCUGCAAGCGCGAAGAUGGUUUUCCCCGACCCUCAACUUGCGUAUACGGCGGUGACCCAGGGGCAACCGCGACUCCAACGUCGGCCCUCGGUGCCUCUCACUGGCUUGGCAGAAGGCGUCUCGCUGAUCCGUGCUGUGUCAGAGUCUCAACAUGAUGAGUCUGGUCUUCGCUUCGUGAAGGAUAGUCCUGCAGCGUGUUUGCUGCGAGAUGCUACCCCGUUUCUUCGGAAUUUCCGUCCUGUCGGGUUCCCCUCGAGUUUUCAAGCCGCUGGAAUGGCGUCUCCCUGGUUCCGCUCGCCUAGCCAGCGUGCCCUUCCCUCUCAGCACACUCAGUCUCCCUCCUGCGAUUCACUGGUUCCCGACGCGUUACAGCGCUCACCGUCAUGUCACUCUUUCUCGCCUCUUCUGACCGCUUCAGAAGACGCUAGGGGCGCCAGUAGCAUUUCUCGGCGAGGCCGAUCCAACUCGGUCAUGGCCAAAAACGAGCCUGGCUCUUCUGUGCCGCAGACUCCACUUCACGGCUUUUCUGCGUCUGACCCGUUCACCGUCAUCAGAGAUGUCAGAUCCGCUCCCACAGGGAUCAAUCCACUCGGCGCGCCGAAUGCAUGCACGUCUCCCAUGACCGUUGAUGGAAGUUCGGGCACGCCUGCGGGGUCUUCGGGACGCAUACCAAUGGCUACGGAAGGCUAUGAAGGGGCGCCGAAGCUCGCUAUGGGAGGCGUUGGCAUGGUGCCGCCGCUUCGAUCCUACACGCACGCUCAGUUCACCGCAAGCGAGAUGUGCAGCGCAGCGCCCAUCUCUCCGUUGUUGCAUUCUGCUACGUCGUCCACUUCUCUGUGUCCUUCGUCGAACAACAUGGCGAGCCCUGUCCUCCGUUUUUCAAGUGCAGGUUGCCUCGGUCCGCGGCCGUCAGACGGCCACACAUCCCAGCUGUCAUCGCAGCCGUCAAGCCCCCGCGCAUUCUCCGGAUCUGGUGCACACGCACCGGUAUUCGGGCUUUCACGUAGUUGUACGGCCGCAGUUGCUGCCCCUGCCGCGGGGUCGCCGCUUGCCGCGACGUUUUUCAGCGUCUGCAGUCCUUCGAGGCUUCGGUCAAACAUGCUCAACGGAGUCAGCGCGUGUGAAAACCCGGUGCCCGCCCGCAGCGAAGCGACUGAGACUAGAUCGGCAUCCAUGGUCGACGCAGUCCCUUGUGUCGAUUCCGGUUCCUCCAUUUCGUCUCUCCCGCCUCGUGGCUGUGCGGCUGCCAGCGAAGCGGUCUCGAUUUCGCAGCGCGCCCAGUGCUUGCUCGGGAACGAUCAAGGCGCCGAAGCAUAUGAGUGUAGUGCGCCUCCUGCCUCGUCACCAUCUGUGCUCAUUCCCGCCUCUCUGCCGGAGUCGGUUACAUCAUCGUCUUCUUCCCAUGAGGAACCGACGCAGAGAGACAGCCAUGCGCCAGAUGCCUCAAAGCCACCCUUGGAUCUCCGCAGUAGAGCGGAGGCCGAGGGCAACGGUGACGAAGGCAUCAGUCUAGAAGAAACGGCGCGGGCGUCUUCCGUCCGGUGGAGUGACGCGGGUCCGUCUGAGGCGCUGGUCUGCGGAGGGUCGUCGGGCGCCGCCUCUGGAGCGACACGACCGGCGCAAAAGAAAAGGCGUGAGAAGCCUCUGUCACUGACGCGAUAUCGCUGCGGUUUGAGUGCUUCCUUGUGCGGAGUUGGUGAACAAAAACAAAACUUACCUACUCGUCCUGCAGGAGACAAAACCUCCGCUGGGGUGUCACGGAUAACCUUUCGAGGCAGCCUUUCGCCGUCGCCCAGGACUGCAUGCACUCCGGCUCGCUGCUACCCAUCCCGCGGGCGCACAGAUAGCAGAAGGAAACCUGCGGCGACAGGGAGGAAACCGAUGUCUCCUCCGCCUGUGACGAAGCUGCGGUCGACGUCCAGGCCGGGGUCUCUCCGGCUGAGACGUGCGGCGUCAGUUGGUGGACUCCACUCUGUGUCGUCGUCUGGUGCCGAUAGGUGUUUCCCGUUCGGCGGGGUUCGUCUUCCGAUGGACAUACGCACACUGAAAGAACUGCAUCAGCGCCUCCCUUUGCCCUAUACCGUUUCCCUGUCUUCCUCCGCCACGGUGAAUUCAUGCCGGAAGAAGGCAGUUCAUAUGUAUCCGGAGAGAGCGGUGAGAUCUGUGGUGAAGACUCAUCACACGCUCAAGAAGAAUCAGACGAACGGAGCUUUGACUAACAAGGUACCCACGUCGCCAUCCGGCGGUCCUCCCGCUUCUGGAGGCGUCUGUGCGGCAGGCAGCGACGCCCCGUUGCCGCCCGUCCCCGUGGAUCAUCUGCGAGCGCCCUCAACGAGCCAGGCCAGCAAAUGUAGCGAGAUCGCGGUCACGUCUUCGCGUGACGGUCGCGCCGCGUUUCGUCCGUCUGCGGCGGCGGCGUCUCGUUCCUCCUCGAAUCCCACUCCCGUCGAACCAGACGCAGCGCCUCCCCGACGAAGAGCUGGGGCUGGGUCCUCAGGUCAACUAGGUGGUGUGGGUGCGCCUGGCGGCUGCAGACCGCUUCUCCACCAACGGGCUUCGGGUACGCUGUCCCACCAAGCUCAGGACGCGCGCCCAUCUGGCCUUUUUCCUCAUCCGCGGCUUUUUAGGAAGUCCCCUGCGUUCUCCACCGUCGUAGGAGGCCGGGUACGCGCUAUCCGAGCGGGUUGCACCGCACCGAGCGCGCACCAGGCAGUCAGUCGUCGUCUCAGUUCCGUCCAGCCUCCUUCGAAGAGUGCGGACGCGCAUCGCAACUCAGCCGUGGGUGCGUUGAGUGCUCUCCAAGACUCUCGAAACGUCGCCUCUUCCGGAUCAAAACCCAGGGAGGCUGGCCGCCCCCUCGUUGCAAAUCGGGGGAGUGGAGUGGGAAUUCGCGCAAAGUCUCCCGGGACUGUGACUUCUGUUCGCAGAACCGAAAGCACCCUCCCACCUCGGCAGCAGCGUAUGACUCGCCCCAUAGUUCGUGGGUCUUCUCCGCCGGGAACAGGCAGGCGUCCACUUUUGCCGGCGUCCUGCGCAAAGAGCGGGUCGAGGUCGGAGGACCUCUACGUGCUCCGUCGCGCGAACGGUGCGCAGUCGUCCACUGGAGGCUUUUCCGGAGAACCCAAUGAACAGUCUGUCCGACUUCUCCGCGUCCUGUCGCGGCCUCCCUCAUCCGUGUCGUCUUCCUCGUCUUCCUGUGACAGCGUCGGCUCAUCUCCUCGCAGAGCGCCAUCUGUUUCGUCCCUCUGCUCAGCUGCUAAGGCAGACUCUGCGCUGCAUUUCGCCCUACAAGGGACUCAAGCUUUCAUGAGCGUGGGCGUGUGCGCGAGCGCAGCCCCGGAAGGGCAACGGGAUCCGAUACACAGCGGCAGCCACUCGGGCAGCGUGAGUUGUUCAUCUUCGGUGGGGUCGCUUACGCAUCGACGUGACUCAGGGCGGCGCGCAGAUGGCCACCAGGGGCGAAUGUCAGGGCAGCCGCGAGGUCAGCAGGACCAGGGGCUGGCGGGCAGAGAGGGAGGGCGCGACCCACGCGCGGACGGAGGCAGCUGCGCAUCUGCGUCGCUGGCGGGUGCAUCGCCAGCUGGACGGUCCUCGGUGCAUUCCGAGCGCCAGCAGUCCUUGCCUGAAAGCCUCGAGCCCCUCGAGAUGCCGCCGAGCGUCGUAAAGUCUCCCGAACCGAAAGCUGGAGGUCCAGACACGCGCACGGUUCAUCUUCCCAGACUAGCCCUCCACCGCCUGACCAAGGCUGCGGAAGAGACAGAAGGGACAGCCCAGGCUGCCGGCUCGUCGGCGCCGGGCGAGAGGGACACCCCUGCGUCCAGUGGGACUUCGCACGCAGCGUCGUCAGGGGGUUGUCCGUCCAAACUCGCUGGCGGUCGGACGGCAGGGCCGCAAAGUCAGAAAGCAAACGCAGGGCCCUUGAGCAGAGCCCGGCGACCCCCCUCGGUAGACUCCGGCUCGGUCGACCGCGCAGCCAAACCCAGGAACCCGCCUCUGCAGAGUUCCCCGCGGAGUGCAGACACCGCGGUGCCGCGCGGCGGGCGGCGGCAUACCUUGUCUGUGGGUGGCAGCGAGGUGUCGGCCUCGGCAAAGCAGCGUGUGCCCUCCACGAUUGCGAGGCGUUCAAGUGAAAGGAGGGCCGUUUCAGUGAAGCCGAGUCGCCCUGUCCGUACCACUUCAUCCGGCCUGCAGCGCCGAAGCAGUCAGACGCCCGUAUCCCGGUUUGCGACAUCCGAGAAUCGCGCUGAGAGAAAGCCUUCUUUGCGGGGCUUCGGGUCGACGGCUGCCGCCGUGAACUCGCCCGCUCAUAGACUUGCGAGUCUCGAACCUGAAUCACAACGCUUGGCGCCAGUGAAGAGAGGUAGCAACGCGGGGGUCGCCUCUGGAAAAAAGAGGGCUGAAGAGCAGUUGCCGCGACCCGCCGUCUCGCAAGAAUUCGCUGAAGGCCGCCGCAGGGCAGCUGCAGGCGAACCCUUGCCGUCUUUGAAGCCCGCGAAAUCCACGCCUCUACAACACAACAGUGCUGCGCUGGCGCUGACUCCGCGAGGCUCUCAGAAGGGCGACUCCAUGGUGACCACGCCUGCCCCAGUUCGGGGAAAUCGAGCCCGGGCAAUGAGCGUGAGGCCGACGGCGGAGCUGCUAAGGAGAGCGCGCCAGGCGAGUGGCGGUGCUUCUUCAGCCCAGCAGGUCUCUCUCGCGGCUCUGAGGAGCCGAGGCUCUACUGACAGUGUGUCGAGUCGAAAGAAACGCAGUGUUUCCUCGAUCAGCCUACGGCUGAGCCGAGUCGCGGGCGGCUCCUUGUCGCCAGGUUCGGCGACGUCAGCUCAGAGUUCUCUGUUGCCCGAUAUUCAAGAGGUCGCUCAAGCUCUCGAGGUUCCAAGCAUGCACCUUGUGAUGAAUCCGAUUCAACCUGCGCAAGAAAGGUGCGCUUCGGGCGGACAGUCCAGCACCCGCGGAUCGCUUGGCAGCUCCGCUCGCCGUACGUCUUUGACGCCCCGAGAGGACAGAGGGAUAUCAAGGCCUGCGCUGGCGCGCAAAUCGGUCGGCAACGAAAGUGCCCGCGGGCGCGCCGAGGGGCAGACUCGCGACUCUCCAACAUCCAGGGGUAUGGCCGUGGUCAGCCGGCUGCGACGCAGUCUGCUUGCCCGCGAGUCCUCCGGCCCUACCAAGCAAGCAAGGCUACCGCGCAGAGACUCGGUGCGGCGUCGCGUUGUCUCGCCGCCGAGCCGCACGUCUGCCAGCGUCAACCGGACUCCCUCGGCCUCCCUCUCUGGUUCGCGAGGAGGAGCGGCGUCCGCGGUCGGCGACCCGUCCUCGUCGCCAAAGCGAGGGCGCACCCUUUCCGCCUUCGUUAACCGCGUGCCGCAAAUUCAAGGAGCGUUGGAAAGGAACUCGAUUGCCGCCGUCCCCAAAGCCAUCGGGCUCUCAAGCCCCCGUGGGAGCGCGCCGCGGUCGCCGACGGCGGGCAGGCUUGCCCAGGGGCUCCAGAGGAUGGAGACCCCAGGGCGGCAAGGAGCCACCCUGUCGCCGCCUAGACUCGGCGUGCGGAAGCCCGAGAGCGACGCGCCCGUGCCGCGUACGGACAAGACGAAACCUCGUAUCGACGUGUCGGUCGCGUCUCGCAGAAGAGUCAACGUCGCCGCCCCUUCUGCAUUCAUGCGGGGGGACGUGGCGGGGGAGGCGGGAGACGGCUCGAGCGCAGCAAGCUCGCCGCGGGUCGCGAGGAGACACGGUCCAACGCUCGCGGCCCGAGCCCCUGGGGGCCUCAGAACUACGGGAUCUUUGACGGCUGCCUCGCCGCUGAAGGAGAGAGCCGGUAUAGCAGCCGCGCGGGCGAGAGGGAAGACAGGGGCUAAGGCGGCUGCGCGCGGGAGACGGCGCAUCGUGGCGGUGGCGGGGCUCGCGCAGCAAAGCCGUGAAGCGGGUGCGCCAUCCGACGCUGAGGCUCAAGCAAAGGCGAAGGAGGAAAAGGAGGAGUCAAAGCCCAAAUACUCUGUCAAAGACCUCCCCAUGCCUGCGCAGCGGAUUCAGUCGAUCGUUAAUAUACCUGAAGGGGUCUUUCUUCCCAUCAAAGACGCUCCUGAACUCGAGGAGAGCGCCUUGGUUCGCAUAUUUGAAAACGACAUGUGUAAGCCGGUGGCGCGCGGCGUGUUUGAGAAGGCGCUCUACGGGCUGACUUCGGAGCUGUCCAUGGUCAUCCCGGUGGACUUGAAAAACUUGAAGCGGUGGCUCGAGCAGAGCCUCGAGGAAGUCGAGAAAGAGAGGCGCGAGUUGAUAGACAUCCGGGCCUUCCUCGAGGUUCUCCCUAACUUCUGCAUGGUCGACUUGCCGCAGGACUUCGUCCUCGCCUGCCGCGACGGCCAGUUCUGGAAGACUUGGGGCAAGGGCUGGAUGGGCGAGGACGGCCGCCCUCUCCAGAUUCCUCAGGACAGACUUCUGCUCGCGUUUUUCUGCGCGGAAGGCCUCGAGGGGGGCCCUAAGUGGGAGUGCAGCAUGAUGCGGCGCGAAGACGAACGCAUGCAGGGCCUCAUCAGGGAAGAGGCGGAAAGACAGCGCAGGCAUGAAGAGUAUCUGCGGUGGAUGCGAAAGGAGAGAACGCUGCAGGAGAUGGUUCACUGGAAGCAGAAGCGGUGGCGCCAGCUGCGGGAGAUGUGGGAGCGCCUCAUCGUGGCGAUCGAGAUUCAUCGGCAGCCGCAGCAUGCGUCUCUCGCGGGCGUGGACAACCACCUCACCGUCUCUCAAGAGAUCGCGUACGGGCUCCACCCUGAGAGAGCCCGAAGCGUGCUGGCGACGCUCUUGUGCGCCCCCACGCCCCCCGGGGACGGUCUUUGCUUGCCUUGUUCGCCGUGUGCAGGCGGCCCUGUUGCUGAUCACGGCGGCGCGGCGCGGUGCUCCGCCUCCGAUGCCCCGACCCGCCACAUGGCUUCUCUCCCACGAAGCGUGGAGGCGGUUUUUGAGCACCCCCUGUCGCCGACGCAGCCCCACCUGCCGGUCUCUGUCGCGUCGGUGGAAGUCGUCUCGUCUCGCGCGGAGCUCGCCGCCCGCGCCCGCGUCUCGGAGUCCUACGCGAUGGCGAUUGCCGCGAUGCAGCGCAUGCCCCUGCUGCCUUCUCCGGACUACGUGCGCUACCUGCUGGAGCACAAGAAGUUUGGCGAGCUGAACAGCCUCUUCAAGACGCUCGUCGGCUACACGAUUCCUCAACUCUGGAUCCUGUAUGACCAGGAGGAAGCUCGCGCCGAGGCGGCCGCCCGCGCGCAAGAAGCGGCCCGCGCAGCCCGCGAAGAGCGCUUCAAGGCGAUCGCAGAGACGCAGGCGCAGCGCAGACAAGCGGAGAAAAGCAGAUUCGAGCGCGAGGAGACUGAGCGAGAAGCGAUGCAUGCAGAGGAUCUCCUGUCGAAGCAGGAGGAGGAAAGCAGACUCGCAAAGAAACGCCAGUUCCUGAAGGAGAUUCCGCUCUCGCCCGCCGAGGCGAAAGACGUCCAGCUCCUGCUCAGCCGAGCUGCGAAGAAAAAGACUCGCAUCUACAGCACCAAGGACUCGAAGCUCGCGAGGCGCGCAGGCAGUGCAGAAUUCGCUCAGCCGCCCCCCGUGAAAGAAUUUUCUCCGGUGCUUCCCUCGGUUGAGAGUCGUACGAGCUCUGUCAGCAACAGCUCCAGCGUUAGAAACUAG